AUGGACGGCAAGAAAAGUCACGAGGUCAACUCGGCCAUGUCUCCCGCUACUUCUGACGUUGGCGUUGGCGCGCACGAGGCGCACAAAGUCUCCUUUGGAAAGAAGAUUUUGUAUCAUCUAUGGGAUGCGGAUCAGCAUCUGAAGAGUCCGCAGGAGAGGGCUCUGGUGAGGAAGUUGGAUUUUGGGAUUCUCAUCUGUGCGACGUUGGGAUGGUGGAUGAAAUACAUUGAUCAGAGUAACAUCACCAACGCAUACGUGAGCGGUAUGAAAGAGGAUUUGAACAUCAAGGGGAACGAGUACACAUACAUGCUAAUGUGCUACACCAUUGCAUUCGCCAUUAUGCAAAUCCCAGCAAACAUGAUCGCCCUCAGAGUCCGUCCUCGUGUUUGUCUCGUGGUCUGCGAGCUCGGCUGGACAGCUUUCACCUUCGCGCAAGCUGCAGCCCAAACAAGCAACCAAAUGUACGCCUUCCGCUUCAUGGUCGGCCUCUUCGAGAGCCCCUUCUCGCCCAUCAUAAUCUUCCUCCUGGGAUCGUGGUACACCAAGACGGAACUCGCAAAGCGCGUCGCCGUCUGGCACGUCACCGGCUUCUUCGGCCAAGCGACCUCGGGCUUCCUCCAGGCCGGCAUCCACAAGGGCCUCGACGGGCACCUCGGCAUGGCGGGCUGGCGCUGGAUGUACAUCAUCUGCGGGUGCAUGAGCCUGCCGAUCGCGCUGUCCGUGUGGUUCCUGCUGCCGGACUACCCGCACAACACGACGGCGUGGUACAUCACCGAGGAGGACAAGCAGCUCGCGAUGCAGCGCUCCGCGAAGCUGGGCCGCGUCGAGAUCACGGGCGUCAUGGACCUGAAGCUCGUCAAGCGUAUGUUUGGGAACUGGAGGUGGUGGGUGCUGUGUCUGAUGUACAUCUUUUAUGGAAACUCGUGCCAGGCGAAUAACUAUUUCGCCAUCUACCUGCGCGAGAACGGCUACAGCGUCACCCAGCGCAACGUCAUCCCGGCCUGCGCCAAUCUCGUCACGAUGGUGACCGACUUUUCGUGGGGCUUCAUGUCGGAUCUGACCGGGAACCGACCAUUGUGGAUGGUUGGCCCAUUGCUCGGCACCACCGUCGUCGGCUCUUCCAUCCUCACCGCCUACCCCGCCUCCGACGGCGCUCGCGUCGCGGGCUUCUUUUGGUUGCCUGCGACCUGGGCCAACGAGGUCAACAACGGCAACGCCGAGGAGAGGGCCUUGACGAUUUCCAGCAUGAACGGACUAUUCUACGCAACCAACUCUUUCCUGCCGAUUCUCAUCUUCCCCCAGACCAUGGCUCCCAAGUUCGAGCGAGGGUUCCCUUCGAUUCUAUCCUUCGCGCUUGCUGCUGUGGUACUCGUCCUUGUCGCGGACUUUUUGCACAAACGUCAGCUCCGGCAAGAGGCUGCGGCAGUUGCGAACCAGCCGGCUUCCGAGGCUGAGGUCGCUGACCCUGUGGAUGCUCAAGAGCAGGAGAUUGAGAAUAAGUUGGUGGGCGCCGUGGAGCCUGUCCGCAACUCUGCUACCAUUAUUUGA